AUGCAGAAGGAAGCCCCCAAGAACUUUGUGCUAUGGAACUCUCUAAAGCCCGACAUGCUGCCGCACACAACCCAGUCUGGUGAUGCGUACGUUACGAGUCACAGAGCGAUCGAGAGCUCCCGCCCUGCCAGCAUCACUCUGCCUCGCGCAGUAUCGGUCCGUACCGACGUGAAAGGGAAGAUAGAGCCCAUUGUUCAGUCCACCUCUGAUAGUACACAACAAGGUGCCGAAGAAGCCAAGCGCAAUCUUGCCGAGUUGCUCUUUAGAGAUUCCGCGAACGCUAGCCUGCUAUUACACGAGAGUAGUUCCAGACGCACAUCGUCGUCACGAGGGCCUACGCCAUCGCGUGCGGAAACCACUUGUGAAGUCAUGAAUAUUAGUCCAGAGGACAUCGUAACAUCGCUCCGCCUGAAUGUUGCUGAGAACGAAGCCAGGGACAGGAGGUUGGCUGAAAACGAGAACCGGCGGGUUGAGCUCGAAGCGGAGCUGGAAGACCUCAAGGAAGAAGCAGUCAUACUGAAGAAUGCUCUUCAACAGUCCAAGUAUGAGCGCUGGAACUUACGCUCAUCACUUUCAAAAAGAGAUCUCGCAUUACUCCAGCUGGGCCAGGAUCUUGUGCAGGGAGGAAAGCGGCUGCUCUUUGAUGAUUCAGAUGAGGAAUGA